GAGAGAGAGGAGGGACUGAGAGACAGCGCGGACGUUUGGCAGCGGAAAACUGGAACGCUUUUCUCCUGGCUUACAAACGCGCUAGCCUUGCAACUGGCAAACUGAAGAACAUUAAAAAGCAUAAAGGAGAAAGUGCGGAGAAAGAAGAAAAAGACAUAGGUCGGGGAUUGAACGGAGCGGGGCAUGUGGAUAUUGGCUAUCUUCUUUUUCCAGAGCAUCUUGAAUGUUUUCACUGAAGACCUACACUCCAGCUUGUAUUUUGUCAAUGCAUCUGUGCAAGAGGUAGUGUUUGCCAGCACUACAGGGACCCUGGUGCCCUGCCCAGCAGGGGGCGUGCCCCCCGCCUCACUGCGCUGGUACUUCGCCACUGGAGAGGAGAUCUACGAUGUGCCCGGGAUCCGCCACGUGCACUCCAACGGAACCCUCCAGAUCUUCCACUUCCCCCCCUCCAGCUUCAGCACCCGCAUCCACGACAACACGUACUAUUGCACAGCCGAAAACCCUUCAGGGAAAAUCAGGAGCCAGGAUGUUCACAUCAAGGCCGUGUUACGGGAGCCCUACACAGUUCGAGUGGAGGACCAGAAAGCCAUGAGAGGCAAUGUAGCGGUUUUUAAGUGCAUUAUCCCCGCCUCUGUGGAGGCCUACGUCAGCGUCGUAUCGUGGGAGAAAGACACAAUCUCACUCGUCUCAGGAUCUAGAUUUCUCAUCACGUCCACGGGAGCCUUGUAUAUUUUGGAUGUACAGACGGAGGAUGGAUUGUAUAACUACCGCUGCGUCACACGACACCGCUACACAGGGGAGACCCGACAGAGCAACAGCGCCCGUCUCUUUCUGUCAGAUCCCACAAAUGCAGAGCCGGUGGUCCUGGAUGGGUUCGAGCGACGGGAGGUCAUGGCCGGCCAUCGGGUGGAGCUGCCCUGCAAGGCGUCGGGCCACCCCUCACCCAAAUACCGCUGGCUGAAGGACAGCAGCCCCCUGGAGCCGGACAGCCGCUUCCGGCAGAGCCUGACGGGCCUGCUGAUCGAGAGCACGCAGUCCAGCGACGCCGGGAGCUACGUGUGCGAGGUGUGGAACAGCUACGGCAACGCCGAGGUGCUGGGCCACCUGCUGGUCAAACAGCCCCUGAAGGUGGUGGUGAGUCCUCGGAAGGUGAAGGGCAGCGUGGGUAGCCAGGUGUCUCUGUCCUGCAGCGUGAGCGGCUCGGAGGAGUUUGAGCUGUCCUGGUACCGUAACGGCGAGAUCCUCCGGCCCGGCAGCAACGUGCGCAUCACGGGCCCCAGCCGCGAGAGCCUGGUGAUGGAGGGCAUGGCCAAGAGCGACGCCGGGGCCUACCAGUGCUUCGCCCGCCACGGCAAGAUGUCCGCCCAGGACAUGGUGCAGGUCGUCCUGGAGGACGGCACUCCAAAGAUCCUGUCCACCUUCAGUGAGAAGGUGGUCAGUCCCAACGAGGUGGUGUCCCUGGUGUGCAAUGUGAAGGGCACCCCCCUGCCCACCGUGAGCUGGACCCUGGACGACGACCCCGUGCUCAAGGACAGCAGCCACCAGACGGGCCACAUCACCCUGGUGGAGGACAACCUCCUGAGCUACCUGAACAUCUCGCACACGCAGGUCCGCGACGGGGGCGUCUACCGCUGCAUCGCCAACAACUCGGCCGGAGUGGUCUCCUACCAGGCUCGAAUAAACGUAAGAGGGCCUGUCAGCAUCCGUCCAAUGAAAAACCUCACAGCCAUAGCGGGGAGGGACACCUAUAUUCACUGCCGUGUGAUUGGCUACCCUUAUUACUCCAUCAAGUGGUACAAGAACGCUAACCUGCUGCCCUUCAACCACCGGCAGCGCGCCUUUGAGACCAACGGCACACUGAAGCUGUCGGACGUGCAGAAGGACAUGGACGAGGGAGAGUACACGUGCUGCGUGCUGAUUCAGCCCCAGCACUACUACAACCGCAGCGUCUACGUCACCGUCAAGGUGCCCCCGUUCAUCCAGCCCUUUGAGUUCCCCAGCUUCUCCAUUGGCCAGCGUGUGUUCAUCCCCUGCGUGGUGGUGUCAGGUGACCUGCCCAUCUACAUCACCUGGCACAAAGACGGCAAGCAAAUCCCAGCCAGCCUGGGUGUCACCAUCGACAACAUCGACUUCACCAGCUCCCUGCGCAUCUCCAACCUGUCAGUGGAGCACAACGGGAACUACACCUGCAUCGCCCGCAACGACGCAGCCACUGUGGAGCACCAGAGCCAGCUCAACGUCCGAGUCCCUCCCAGGUUUGUGGUGCAGCCGCAGGACCAGGCCGGUAUUUACGGCAAAGCCGUGAUCCUGAACUGCUCCGCCACCGGCUCCCCGGUCCCUACCAUCGUGUGGAAGUACUCCAAAGGUGCCGGAGUGCCCCAGUUCCAGCCCAUUGCGCUGAACUCGGGCUUCAGGAUCCAGCUGCUGCCCACCGGCUCCCUGCACAUCAAACACGUGCUGGAGGAGGACAGCGGCUACUACCUGUGCAAAGUCAGCAACGACGUGGGCGCGGACGUCAGCAAGUCCAUGUACCUCACCGUCAAGAUCCCUGCCAUGAUCACGUCGUACCCCAACACCACGCUGGCGACGCAGGGUCAGAGGAAGGAGAUGAGCUGCACGGCGCACGGGGAGAAGCCCAUCAUGGUGCGGUGGGAGAAGGAGGACCGCAUCAUCAACCCCGAGAUGAGCCGCUACAUCGUCUCCGUCAAGGAGGUGGCCGAUGAGGUCAUCUCCACCCUGCAGAUUCUGCCAACAGUGAGGGAAGACUCUGGAUUUUUCUCCUGUCAUGCAAUCAACUCCUUUGGCGAAGACAGAGGAAUCAUUCAGCUAACAGUGCAAGAACCCCCUGACCCUCCCGAGGUGGAGAUCCGGGAGGUACGUGAUCGGACAAUCGCCCUUCGCUGGACCAUGGGCUUCGAUGGAAACAGCCCCAUCACUGGCUACGACAUUGAGUGCAAGAACAAAUCCGCCUCCUGGGGAUCAGCACAAACAACCAAAGAUGUCUCCCCCCAGCUGAACCAGGCCACCAUCAUCGACCUCCACCCAUCCUCCACGUACAACAUCCGCAUGUUUGCCAAGAACCACAUCGGCAAGAGCGAUGCCAGCAACGAGCUCACCAUCACCACCGACGAAGCAGCUCCUGACGGCCCCCCACAGGAAGUUCAGCUGGAGGCCAUUUCCUCCCAAAGCAUCAAGGUCACAUGGAAGGCCCCAAAAAAGCACCUGCAGAACGGGAUGAUCCGGGGGUACCAGGUGGGCUACAGGGAGUACAGCACGGGGGGCAGCUACCAGUUCAACAUCAUCAGCAUGGACACCACAGGAGACAGUGAGAUGAUCACGCUGGAUGACCUGCACAAGUUCACCAAGUACGGCGUGGUGGUGCAGGCCACCAACCGCGCUGGCACCGGGCCCUCCUCACAGGAAGUCAUCGCCACCACCCUGGAGGACGUGCCCAGCCGCCCCCCGGAGAACGUGCAGGCCUCGGCCACGUCCCCAGAGACCAUCUCUCUCUCCUGGUCCUCCCCCGCCAAGGAGGCGCUCAACGGCAUCCUGCAGGGCUUCCGCAUCAUCUACUGGGCCAACCUGCCUGACGGAGAGCUGGGCGAGAUCAAGAACGUCACAACAUCGCAGGAUUCCCUGGAGCUGGACAGUCUGGAGAAGUACACUAACUACAGCAUCCAGGUGCUGGCCUUCACCCGGGCGGGGGACGGGGUGCGCAGCGAGCAGAUCUUCACCCGCACCAAGGAGGACGUCCCAGGCCCCCCUGCCGGCGUGAAGGCCGCUGCCUCCACCAACUCUGUGGUGUUCGUCUCCUGGCUCCCGCCACUCAAGCUCAACGGGAUUAUCUGGAAAUACACCGUCUUCUGCUCCAACCCCUACUCCACGGGGAUCAGCGAGUUUGAGGCGGCUCCUGACGUGUACUUCCACCGCGUGCCCAACCUGAGCCGCAACCAGAAGUACAGCUUCUGGGUGGUCGCCGUGACCGCAGCUGGGCGCGGAAACACCAGCGAGAUCAUCACUGUGGAGCCUCUUGCCAAAGCUCCCUCCCGGAUCCUCACCUUCAGCGGCACGGUGACCACGCCCUGGAUGAAGGACAUCGUGCUGCCCUGCAAGGCCGUCGGAGACCCGCCGCCCACCGUCAAGUGGCUGAAGGGCAGCAACGGGACCCCGGCCCCGGUGUUGAUUGACGGACGGCGGAGCAUCCAUAACAACGGCAGCUUUGUGAUCCGCACGGUGAAAGCAGAGGAUUCUGGAGACUAUAGCUGCGUGGCCAGCAACAGCUGGGGCUCUGAUGAAAUAGUUCUUAAUCUGCAGGUCCAAGUUCCUCCAGACCAGCCACGCCUUACGGUCACCAAGACAACCACCACGUCAAUCACUCUGUCUUGGGUUCCGGGGGACAAUGGCGGAAGCUCGAUCCGAGGAUACAUCCUGCAGUACUCUGAGGACAACAGCGAGCAAUGGGGAAACUUUCCCAUCAGCCCCAGUGAGCGGUCCUACCGCCUGGAGAACCUCAAAUGUGGCACCUGGUACAAGUUCACUCUCACAGCCCAGAACGGCGUGGGUCCGGGGCGCAUCAGCGAGAUAAUCGAGGCCAAGACACAUGGAAAAGAACCGCAAUUCGCCAAAGAACACGAGCUCUUCGCCAGCAUCAACUCCACCCGGGUGAAGCUCAACCUGAUUGGCUGGAACAACGGGGGGUGUCCGAUAACGUCCUUCACGCUGGAGUAUCGGCCUGUGGAGACGGCGGUUUGGACCACCGCCCAGCGCACGUCCCUGACCAAGAGUUACAUCCUGUAUGACCUGCAGGAGGCCACCUGGUACGACCUGCAGAUGAAGGUCUCCAACAGCGCCGGCUCCGCAGAGAAGAGGGCCACCUUCGCCACGCUCAACGCCGACGGCAGCACCAUCCCGCCCCUGCUGAUGACUGUGGACGAGGGAAAGGUGAGCAUGGGGGGCAGCGAGGGCCUGAAGAUGAUGGUGACCAUCUCCUGCAUCCUGGUGGGCAUGGUCCUGCUCUUCAUCCUGCUGCUGCUGCUGAGGAGGAGGAGGAGGGAGCAGAGGCUCAAGAGACUGCGGGAUGCAAAAAGCUUGGCAGAAAUGCUAAUGAGUAAGAACACGCGCACGCCAGACACGAUGAACAAGCAGCAGACUCUCAGAAUGCACAUCGACAUCCCCCGAGCCCAGCUGCUCAUCGAGGAGAGAGACACCAUGGAGACCAUCGAUGACAGGUCUACUGUUCUGCUCACUGAUGCUGAUUUCGGAGAGACGUCCAAGCAGAAGUCGUCCACGGUCACACAUACGGUUCACUACCAGUCCCUCUCCCAGGCAACCGGCCCCCUGGUGGACGUGUCUGACGCCCGACCUGGAACCAACCCCACUGCCCGCCGCACGGCGAAGGCCGGCCCCACUGCCCGAAACCGCUAUGCCAGCCAGUGGACCCUGAACCGGCCCCACCCGCCUGUCUCCUCCCACACGCUCACCACUGACUGGAGGCUGCCCACGCCACGAGCCACCGGCUCCGUCGACAAGGAGAGCGACAGCUACAGCGUCAGCCCCUCUCAGGACACAGACCGCGCACGGAGCAGCAUGGUGUCGACAGAGAGCGCCUCCUCCACCUAUGAGGAGCUGGCGCGGGCCUACGAGCACGCCAAGAUGGAGGAGCAGCUUCGCCACGCCAAGUUCACCAUCACAGAGUGCUUCAUCUCGGACACGUCCUCGGAGCAGAUGACCGCCGGCACCAACGAGUACACGGACAGCCUGACCUCCAGCACGCCGUCCGAGUCGGGCAUCUGCCGCUUCACUGCAUCCCCGCCCAAGCCACAGGACGGGGGCCGCGUCAUGAACAUGGCUGUGCCCAAGGCGCACAGACCCGGAGGUGAGCUGGUGCACCUGCCCCCGUACCUCCGGAUGGACUUCCUGUUGAGCCGCGGUGCGGGGGGUGGGGCCUCCUCCUCGUCAGGGCGGGAGGUGGCACUGGGCGGGGCCUGCCUGGAGCCUCAGAAGAGCCGCACACUGAAGCGCCCCGCCCUGCUGGCCCCCACGCCCACGGAGGCGGCAGGAGGGCCCGCACGGGAGGUGCAGCAGUGGCAGCCCGGGACAGCCUCCACUCUACCCCUGCGGGAGCCUGGAGACCUGGCGCAAGCCGCCAAGAUCAGCAGCUCCCAGGAAUCCCUGCUCGACUCCCGUGGACACCUCAAACAGAGCAGCAACCCUUACGCAAAGUCGUACACGCUGGUAUAACACAGCGCAACCCUUACACAAAGUCCUACAGGCUGGUAUAACACACAGCGCAACCCUUACACAAAGUCCUACACACUGUUGCAACACACAGCGCCAACCUUACUCAAAGUCCUACACACUGGUAUAACAGAGCAACCCUUACACAAAGUCCUACACACUGGUAUAACACAGAGCAACCCUUACACAAAGUCCUACACACUUGUAUAACACACAGCGCAACCCUUACACAAAGUCAUACACGCUGGUGUAACACAGAGCAACCCUUACACAAAGUCCUACACGCUGGUGUAACACAGAGCAACCCUUACACAAAGUCAUACAUGCUGGUGUAACACAGAGCAACCCUUACACAAAGUCAUACACACUGGUGUAACACAGAGCAACCCUUACACAAAGUCAUACAUGCUGGUGUAACACAGAGCAACUCUUACACAAAGUCAUACACACUGGUGUAACACAGAGCAACCCUUACACAAAGUCAUACACGCUGGUGUAACACAGAGCAACCCUUACACAAAGUCAUACACGCUGGUGUAACACAGAGCAACCCUUACACAAAGUCAUACACGCUGGUGUAACACAGAGCAACCCUUACACAAAGUCUAACACACAGCGCACAGGCCGGACUGCAGGACCCAGGCUCUCUUCUCACAGACGGGAGGAGGAGGAGGAGUCCCAACAAUAACAAUCACACAGAGACAGACCGAUAGACGGACAGACAGACGCUUUAAAAAAAGUUGUACAUAUAUCCGAUUCCAAAUGGAUGGGUGACUUUUACUCUUUCUUUCCUUCCUUCUUUCCUUCUUUCUUACUUUCUGUCUUUCUUCCUCUCCCUUUUUCACUUUCUCACUUUUAUUUUCUACUUGAGCUUUUUAUUUAUUUUAAAAUUAAUCCACACUAAGAUUGCCAAAAUAAUAUAUAAUUUUGUGAGAGAGAAGGUAAAAUUGAAAUAAUGGUGGUGACAGUGAUGAUGAUGGUGAUGAUGAUGAUGAUGAUGAUGAUGGUGAUGAUGAUGAUGAAUUUUAUUGUUAUAUAAAAAUUCUAAUAUAUAUAUAUAAAUAUAUCUGAAAACAAAACUAAGAGGAGCCUGGAGCACUCAGCAGGACACGACAUUGAAUUACUUUAGUUUUCAUCUGAGUGUGAGCGAACUAAUGCAAUUUUGUUAGUUUAUUUUUGUUGUCAGUUGUUUUUUCUAACUGAAAUGCAUCUCACUAGCGGAGGGGAACCAGGUGAGAGAGGAUGGGUGAGAGAGCUGUCCCACCGGUCCCAUCCUCUCAGUGUUACCUUUUAAAAUCUAUUUCCUGUGACUGCAUGGGGACUGGAAAAAAGACCAUUACCAUAGUAACGGCUGGAAAUCCAACUGCAAAUUUUGUCACAUUAUGAAAUUAUACAAUGUGAAAGAUUUAUUAUAAUUAUAUAUAUAUAUAUAAGAAAUCACUUUUAUUUGUGGAUAUUACAGGGAAAAAAAAUUGAUUUGGUUAAUAAAGUCCUUAGUCAUGUUUGCACACCUCUGGUUUUACUUAGGAAAUUGGGGCUCCACCCUUUAAACCCCCAUCUUUCUGCAAACAUAAAAGCACAGCAAACACAUAGGAGGUGCACAACCCACCUGUACUGUGAGGCUACUUUAGAGGACGGGCCAUUCUGCAAUAAUGUCCAGGUACUGACACGGACCAGGGCCCCUGUGUGGCCACCCCAGACCCCUGAGGGGCCCAUUUUACCACGUUCCCUUCAAGACCAAAGAAGCAUCUGACCUAUCUGGCCCUUUGCUGUCAACACAGGGGGUGGCGUCUGAGUCGGGGGGGGACCCCUUCACCUCAUCAAUUUAUCAUCAAUGUUGAGCCCUCGCUGGAAACACACCCUGAGAAAUCUUUAACAGCUCCAAAUUCUGCCCUUUCACCGACCGGGGUGUCAACUUAGACUGUCACUGCUGCCAUGUUCUUUGUCCGAAUAUCUUGCAGGGAGAGCUUUAGUCUCUGAUGGUUAAGAAUGGCUUUUUCAGAUUUUAUUGAGGGGUUAUAAGUUGUCCUGAAGUGUUUGGUGUGCGGAGGUGUUCAUCAGUGAACUGAAAAAUUGAAGAAUUCUCCAAGUCAACAAAACAUGACCUUGCUAUGAAUUUUUGUGGGUAUAUUCCUUUAUUAAUGACCUAUAUCAUUUCUCUAUUUUGUUUUUUUAAAACAAACACAGAAAAUAUGGCCAACAAAUGGUGCUGUGUAGCUACUUUAAAUAAUUUGAGAAAUGAAUGUAGAUUAUUUAAGUCAGUGGAUUGCACUGUGCGUCAAAGAUCAAAGGAAAUGUCGACAAUCUUGAACAAAAAGCUGUGUCUGCCAGUUUCACCGUAACUGCACUGAUCUGCAUCCUUCAGCAUGGCAGCAAUGCAAGACAAGAGAUCAGGUUAAUGCUGUCGCACUGACGCACUGCUGCCUAUAGGUGGCGGUGUGGUGGAAUCAGGUACUGCUGCUGCACUGGCCUACUCACUAUGAGAGAGGAAGCACUGGUCCAUUCAGUGUGCCUCUUUGAAAAGCUCAGAAUGCUAUUGGUGCAAUACUAGGUCCUUGUUUACUACCCUAAAUGUGAUUGGCUGACUAUUCAUUUGGCUCCACCCAGGUUUAGCAUGUGUGGAGCUCGUGAAGUGAGGGGCAUUUUGUAUACAAAAUCUGUAUUGUGUUUUAAAAUUUGCUAGCGUCUAAAGAUCCAGUGUAUUACUCCCUUCCGGUAUGCAUUAACUGUGUCUGUGUGUAUUUCUAUGCACACUUAUUAAAACCUUUAAUGUGACAUGA